ACAUGUUUUAUUGUUUUUGGUUAAUGUGAUUUUUUUCUUUUCUUUUUAUUUUGUUGGCUUCACAAAUAUUUUCCAAUUUUUCUUCCAGAUAUGCCCUUAUCCAAUCUCGUUGUGAAUUAGGCUUUUGUGGUUAUAUAAUCUGAUACAACCUGGUAUGUGUAAUUCUAGGGUUUCUGGGUGGAAUUUUUGAUUUCAUAGUCAGAGUUUUGAGAAGUGGGUCUUGUUUGUCAUUUGCGGAUUUGUGGGUACCCUUGGACACCAAUUCUUUCUUCUGUAGCGUGAUCGUUUUGCUUCUUUUUUUUUUUUUUCAAUCCUCUCGGUUAGGGUUAGGGCUAGGGUUAGAUCUGCAGCAUCAAAUUGAUUUUUGUGCCCCUUGUUUUUUGUUAUAAUUUUUAAAAAUUUAAAUUAGGGGUUUUCAAGUUUAUAUUCAUCUUCUGGUGAUAAUUACGUCUUUGAACGAUUUUUUUUGUGAUUAAUUUGUUGGUUUCUUAAAAAUCUGGAUGAAGAUAAUGGAGUUUUGAGCUGCUUUUAGUUCUUUGGGAAUUCCAGACUCUUGGAUCAAGAACGUAUUAAAUUUUCUUAGCUAUUCCUGAAGAUAGCUGGGAUUUGGAUUAGUUUCUCUAGAGUUGGGCUGUUGCAAGAUCCUGUGGGAGGUCGACAGACACAAUCCUGCACUUGUCACUUCAUAACUACAUUUAGUCAUAAGCAUAAGAUAGAGAAUUAUGUUGGACCUGUAAAUUAGACUGAUUCCUUUCCUCAUAAAGUGAACAAUUUGGAAUCAGUAUUGUCCAUUGGCCUUGUUGCUCGGUCCUUAUGGGGACAGAGCUUAUGAGAACUUGCAUUAAAGAUGAGAAUGACGAAUUUCCAUCAGUUCCACCGGGUUUUGAAUCAAUUACUUCUUUCACCUUAAUGAGGUUACAAGAUAGUGAGAAACAAGAUAGGGAAAACACAGUUAGUUGUUCGGCCUCUACAAAUGCUUCUGAAUCAAAUUCUGUUCAGAUGGAAACUGAAGCUGAUUUCAGUGAUACUGCAAAGGCUAAAAGGUGUCUCCGCCGUAGACGUUCAGUAAACUAUGGACGAUAUGACAACAGUUCAGGGGAUGACUCUGAUGCUGAGCGGCUUGAUCAAAAUUUUUCUUCAAGGCCUUGUCUUCCUAAGGGGGUUAUCCGUGGAUGUCCAGAGUGUAGUAACUGCCAAAAGGUUGCUGCAAGAUGGCGUCCAGAAGAUGCUUCCCGACCAGAAGUUGAGGAUGCUCCCAUCUUCUAUCCAACUGAAGAGGAGUUUGAGGAUACUUUGACUUAUAUAGCUAGCAUUCGCACAAGAGCUGAACCAUAUGGAAUCUGUCGCAUUGUUCCUCCCUCUUCCUGGAGACCUCCUUGUCCUCUUAAGGAGAAAAAUAUAUGGCAAAGUGCCAAAUUUGCUACUCGUGUCCAGAGGAUUGAUAAGCUUCAGAAUCGAGAUUCAAUGAGAAAGAGGUUGAAGGUUCAUAAUAAUAUGAAGAGAAAAAGGAGAAGAUGCACACGGAUGGGGGUAGAUUGUGCGACUGGUAGUGGAGGACCCGGUGAUGCUGGAUUUUAUGAGGCUGAGACUUUCGGGUUUGAACCUGGUCCAGAUUUCUCUCUGGAGACUUUUAAGAAAUAUGCAGAUGACUUCAAGGCCCAAUAUUUCAGCAAGAUUGAAAGUGUCACUAAUAUUGGGGGUAAUAUUGCUAUGCUUAAAGAGCAGUGGGAGCCAUCCAUCGAGGAUAUUGAGGGUGAAUAUUGGCGGAUGGUAGAGAAACCUUCUGAAGAAAUUGAGGUGCUGUAUGGGGCUGAUCUGGAAACUGGGGUUUUUGGCAGCGGUUUUCCCAAAAUGUCCAGUCAAGUUUGUUCUGCUUCGAAUGAAAAGUAUAUAAAAUCAGGCUGGAACUUGAAUAACUUUCCUAGGCUUCCUGGAUCUGUUCUUUCUUAUGAAAGCAGUGACAUAUCUGGUGUUCUGGUGCCAUGGUUAUAUAUAGGGAUGUGCUUUUCUUCCUUUUGUUGGCAUGUUGAGGAUCACCACUUGUACUCAUUGAAUUACUUGCACUGGGGUGAUCCGAAGAUCUGGUAUGGUGCCCCUGGUAGGGAUGCGUGUAAAUUGGAGGAGGCUAUGAGAAAACAUUUGCCUGACCUUUUUGAAGAACAACCUGACUUACUUCAUAAGCUGGUUACACAGCUUUCCCCUUCCAUACUGAAAUCUGAAGGGGUACCUGUAUAUAAGUGUAUUCAGCAUACUGGGGAGUUUGUUCUGACCUUCCCUCGAGCAUAUCAUUCAGGGUUUAACUGUGGCUUCAAUUGUGCUGAGGCAGUUAAUGUAGCUCCAGUUGAUUGGCUUCCCCAUGGGCAGACUGCUAUAAAGCUAUACAGUGAGCAGAGAAGAAAGACUUCAAUUUCCCAUGAUAAACUGCUACUCGGGGCAGCAAGGGAAGCGGUUAGAGCACAAUGGGAACUAAAUCUACUGAAGAAAAAUACUUUGGAGAACCUGAGGUGGAAACAUGUCUGUGGAAAGGAUGGGAUUUUAUCCAAAUCACUUAAGGCACGCAUUGACAUGGAAUGUGUGAGGAGGGAAUGUCUUUCCAGUUCUUCACAGACAAAAAAGAUGGAGAGCAAUUUUGAUGACACCUGUGAGAGGGAAUGCAGUAUAUGCCUUUUUGAUUUGCACCUCUCUGCAGCAGGUUGUCAUUGUUCCCCAGAUAAAUAUGCAUGCUUGAAUCAUGCAAAGCAGUUCUGUACAUGUGCUUGGGGUUCCAAAUAUUUUCUUUUUCGCUACGAUGCCCAUGAGUUAAAUAUCCUUGUUGAGGCAUUGGAAGGUAAAUUAAGUGCUGUAUACAGAUGGGCAAGACUAGAUCUUGGACUAGCCCUGAGUUCUUAUGUGUCCCAGGAGAAAAUGCUGCCAGGUGGUACAGAGACCGUGAGGAGCUCAACUGGGACCGAUGAUGAGAUUUCUCAACUGAAAAUGAAGAUGUCAGAAGCUCAAUCAGUCUUGAAGGAUAGAAAGACGUCAUCAAUAUUUCAUAGUUCUCAUGAAAUUGAGAUGGCCAACCAUAACUCUCGGGUAAAGAAAGAAGAAUCCAUUAUUUUUCCUUCCAAUUUAAGAAAUCCUGUUUGCCAGUUGUCUCUAGAAGACACGUCAUAUGCUGUAACUCUUCUGGCUGCUGAGGAAUUGGGAGUGAAGAAUCCUUCAGUCUUGAAACAAGAUAAUGUUAUCCUUCUCAGCGAUGAUGAAGGUGAUGAAACUGAGAAGUCUGUUUCAGAAAUAGAAAGGGAAACUUCUUUGGAGAAGCAUUUAGAAAUUUCUGGGAGACUGGCAGGUUCUGAUUAUAAAGAAAGCUUAUGUAAUUAUAAUAAUGAACCAAUCGCGACUGCCCCUGCUAUGGACGCAUCAGUGAUGGACCAAAAAAAGGAUGCCAGUUCAGCAUAUGGAGAAAGGAAUAAUUGUUCACCUCAUUCUAUGCAAAUUAAAGAUGGAGAUAAAGGAAGUUGUGAACCCCUUCUAGGAUCUAAUCCACCAAACUUGUCUUGCCAUGUAGAUUCUUCCAUUUUAGAAUUAGGAAGAAAAGCUCAAGACUCAACUACAAGAGAGAUCAGUGAACAUGAUAUGGCAAAUUCUGGUAGUUACCCUCAAAAUCCACAGCCCUCUGGUGGUGGAUCGCCUAACAAUGAGAAUAAGCCUGAAAAGAUGGGAAUGAAUGCAACUUCAAAUUUAGUGGAUAAUAUAAGACCUAUUACAGGAAACCCAUCUUGUACCUCAAACAAUUUGGACAGAUAUUUCCGCCAAAAGGGUCCUCGCAUUGCCAAGGUAGUGCGGAGGAUCAACUGCAAUGUUGAACCUCUAGAAUUUGGAGUCGUGCUUUCUGGAAAGUCAUGGUGUAACAGCCAGGCCAUUUUUCCAAAAGGAUUUAGGAGCCGGGUUAGGUACAUAAAUGUUUUGGAUCCAACAAAUAUGUGUUAUUAUGUUUCAGAAAUUCUUGAUGCAGGACGGGAUGGGCCUUUGUUCAUGGUUUCCUUGGAGCAGUGCCCUAGAGAGGUGUUUAUUCACAUCUAUGCUGCUAGAUGCUGGGAAAUGGUGAGAGAGAGAGUAAAUCAAGAGAUCGCAAAGCAACAUAAAUUAGGAAGAACAAACCUUCCUCCUUUACAGCCUCCUGGUAGUCUUGAUGGCUUUGAAAUGUUUGGAUUUUCUUCACCAGAAAUAGUGCAGGCCAUAGAAGCAAUGGAUCGUAGUCGAGUCUGUACUGAGUACUGGGACUCUCGACCCUACUCCCGGCCUCAAGUGCAAAUUCCACAAACUUCUCAACUCAAAGACAGUGGCAGAAACUCCCAUUUGAUGUCCGAGGAAGGAAAUGAUAAAGGGACCCCCGGAAAUCAUCUCUUGCCCAUUACGGUCGAAUCAACAAUGCUCAGGGGCCUAUUCAAAAAGGCGAACCAAGAAGAAUUGAACUCACUACAUAGCAUUUUAAGUUAUAAUAGGCAGACAGCCGACCAAGGAUUAGUGUCUCAGCUUCUUAGUGAAGAGAUUAACAGUCGCCCUAGAUGAUUCAUUAUUUGGUCUCAUGAGGAGCAUCUGAGACCAAACAUCCUAGGGCAGUUUUUUGACUUUGUAAAUACUCAGUUCCUGCUUCAGGUUGCACGUACUUUGUACUCAACCUGGCCAUUCAUUAACCAAGCUUAACAUGACAAAAAGAAAAGGAAAAUAAGAAAAAGAAACAAACGGCUUAUAUUUAACA